AUGGCGCCUCCGUCUCGUACCUACGGGAAGAAGAGGAGCUUCUUUGGAUCCUUAAGUUCCCUUCACCGUUCCAGGAUCUCGACUGAUUCGCUGCCGGCCAAAAACCCGGACCAUCGUUCACCGUCCGCGAAUACCUCCUACGACCCCGUGAAGCAUGGCACCAAGUCGCAGAAGAAUGUCCAAGCAGCCAGCAUCGAUGAUAUUGCAAGCGCACUGCUCGAUGACAGCGACUCAGAGCUGCCAGCAGAAGAAGAGGCAAUACACGUGCCAGAGAGGGACAUUCUCGGCUCCCCAACUUCUACUGCUCCAGCUCUUGAGCCGUCUGCAGCUCAAUUCAGAGAUCCAUGCAUCACCUCGUGUUCCCCGGGCGCUUCGAAGGAACGGACAACCAGCAACAGCAGAAGCUACCGAUCAGGCACUCCUCGAGUCCAGAAGACGUCGCCUCAUAAGUUUACGAAGACCCCCAGGCCUCGUACAAACUCAACUUCGUCCCCCAAGCGCAAAGAUUUCAACUUGAUCCGCCCCCUCGCAGAUCCCGUCAAAAAGUCUGCCAAUCGCUCUUCAUAUAUCGUGUUGAAAGACUCGGAAACGGUUUGUCUUCUUCCACACAACGUCAUGGACGGAGCUCCGAGAAUCCUCUUUCAAGGCGACAUGGCCGGCCAAGGCUGCGCUGUCGCGGCGAGUGCCGAUGAGAUUCAGGAGAAAGUGUGUGCCAUGUUGGCUGCGACCGAUGCUUUGAAGCCGUCGCCUUCUAAGGCUCAGGCCAGCAAGUCGCCCGUCUCCAAAGUGAAUCGCAUGACGCCUUCACGGAUGCUGGCCAAGAUGUCAAGUGCGUGGGACCGAUGGCAGGUGAAAACAUCCAGCACACCAGCAGCCAAACCGCGUGCCAAGCUCACGAAGCAGCCUGUUCGUCAUGACCCUCACGGUCCGCUAACUUCCCACCCGGUGUUUCACUCGCCGCCGCUUCAAAGAUCAUCUUUGAUUGACACGAUUGAGAUACGUCUCAACGAAGGAGACAACCUCAACAGAAAGAAGGUCCAGCAGAUGGUGGGAGGUCGUGUAGCUCGCAAACCUGUUGCCAAUGACGGAAACGCCCUCAGGAGUGGCCGAUCCAUGGACGAUGACCCUUUUGCUGAGCCUGCCUCUCAUCUCCACCAAAGUGUCGUUGAAAGUCGCGCGAGGAUGGAGAUCAUGCUCGGGCCUAGCGUAUCUUCUCUCCUCAUCAUCGACCCCUUUGAAGGCGAAAAGGGGUUCGAGAGUAACCUCGAAGAUAGGAUCUUGAGCUCUUCCCCCGUCUGUGCAUCAACGCCCCGAAUUAAUCUUCACAGAGUACAGACCCCGACGGCUGGGGAUAGUGUCAACGAGCAUUGCUCGAAAAUGCAAGCGCAGAUGAGCCUCGAAAAGAUGGCCACUGACUUGUCUAGUGACCCAUCGCAAGACGCCGUUCUCUUCGGGAAAGCUCUUGAUCAGGAGGCGCACCUGCGACCAUUGCCGAAUACUGAUCGCAUUGCCGUUGGAUUUCUGCGGGAUGCGCCCUCUUUGGAAGCUGGCCAUCCCAAAUGGUCCAAGAAGCACCCAUCUCCGAGCAAGAGGGAUCUGGAAGAGCUCGAGAUAGCCUUUCGAUGCUAUAGCGAGCUCAAGCGACGUGGAAUAGGCGAAGAAGCCGACGAGCUUGCGGCGCACUACACGCCCUCGGCUCGGUAUCUGUCCCCUCGAGACACGAACACGCUGAUGAGGACGCGUGAAGAAGAUGCCAAGUCCAUGCCUGCCUGUGAAGCCCAGUCGCCCGCCAAGUCCCACGUUCGACGCCCAACCGACGAAGCGCGGCGCCGUCAACAUAUUCGCCUUGCCCCCAUUUACCGGCCAGCGAUCCCGUAUUCUGACGAGAUUGAUGAGCUGCAGUAA